CGGGCGCAUUUUUAACCCUCGACCGUACGCGACAAUUUGUGCCUCGAUACGAUGCUAUGCCAGGCGUAUUUGAUUCACCAAAGAAGUUGAAAUGGAUUCUGGAAGGCGGUAUUGGUGGCUUAGCCAUUGGAUACACCUUUGGACGUUGCAUUUUUCGACGUUCUUGGCACUGCUGAUUCCAUCCAUAACAUCCUCAAGCGCGUUAUCAUACAAGUCCUUUGUUGCCGUCUGGUUUCUGACCUCUCUUCUGACUACCUUUCUCGCCGGAAGAUGGAAGUACUGUGCACUGGCAUUCGGCGGUAUCUCCGGAGGCGCCCUAUUCGUCCUCGCUCUUUCUGUCAUCAUUCAUCCCUCGCUGCUGACACGCAUCGUCUUUUUGUCUAUAUGCCCCCCCAUUGUGACUCUCUUCACUCUGCUUCCCCUUGUCAAAUUUCAGCAUGCGUCUCUUCGCUUUGCUACUGCUUCCAUGGGUUCCUUUGGCGUCAUCGUCGCUAUCGCGGCCUUGGCUCAUAUUCCCGCAUGGGCUAAUGUUUGGGACCGUCUGUGGCUUACCGCAAGUAUAGAAUGGGAAACAAGCGAGGAGAGAGGUCUCAGUGCAGGAUUCUGUCUGUUCCUCUGCACAGGAAUGUUGUCAGAUUGGUUCAUGAAGAGGACAUUUGGCGAGUGCCCGGAUGAGAAAUGGGAUAGCUAUCUCGCCGACUAUGCAACGAACCUUCCUAAUCGUGCGGACCGUGCAGGAGUGUAUCAGCCUUUCACAUCUGUAUGGGAUCGCAUCUUUGGCUCAACCGAGAAACCCGUCAUUCCCAAGAAUCUUGUCUUCCCUGACGAUGACAAGACUGGUUCGUCUUUGCCUUUGAAGCCAGACAAGAGCGGGCAGACCCCUCCUGAACAUUCCUCAUUCGAUCUCCAUCAAAGCCCGGGGUUCUUGAAGAAGGCACGCUUAAAGAAUAACAACCGGGCUCGUUUUCAUGCUCGCAUGGUCGAGUGUAAACGCAAUCGAGAAGCUGUCAAGUUCCGGCCUCUAGACCAACUCGAGUCCGGCUCAGAUUCAGAGGAAGACGGCCUCAAAGCGAAACCACUCACAGGUGGACGGCCGUGGCUGAAGCAAAGUCAUUCUACGACAUCCACGCCGCCAACGCUGGUUGGCGACAGCGAAACAGAUGCCAAGAUCAGGCUGCCAGAUGAUAUUGACUACGACAAGGAAAUUCAGAAGCUUGGACAGCUCAAGCGGAAGAAUGUGACCAAUGGACUUGGGGAGGGGGAGGUGCCCGACUACUCUGACCAUGAAGAGGACCUUACGGGUGUCAGUCAGCGGAAGCCCGAUGCUGAAUGGAGUCCCGGGUUCAUAAAGCGAUAUCGGUCGUCGAAGACACUGUCUUCUAGCCGUGGUACAGCUGUCGAGUCACCAUCACCUCCAACGGGUGCUGUUCCCGUCACUCCCUCAUUGAUAAAGGCUCUUGACCGGAUUGCCAUGGCACAAAAGGAUGCGUUUGGACCGCGAGGAAGGGAGGAACUUCCAUGGAUUGAGGAUGAAAACCAAAACUGCGGGGACGGAUGGGCCGAUUUUUGGCGGGAUGUAAGAAAUAAUGCAGCAAGAGUUAGUUGAGCAGAGAGGUUCUGAUUUUAUUAGAUGGGGUUACGACUAGCCUCAAUGCGUUCUCGCCAGGAGGAGCGUGGGGUGUACUUCAUGAUGCGACACGAUU